AUGCUGGACAUUUGCUUUGAUAGAGUGGCUAGGGAAGGGGAUAUAUCACCUAGGCAACAAAGAAGUGGAAGCAACAAAAGCAAAAGGAAGACACAAGGAAGGCAACAUAGUUGGGAUGGUAAAAUGACUGAGGAGUUUGUUCCAAGGCACUUACCUAUGCGACAAGCAAAGCAAAACCAUUUGACAGUAUCAAUAGGUUCAACUAGAUCCAAUAAAUCCAUAAAGAAGCCAUUUUUGACAAAUUUGGAACAUUUUUCCUUGAUAAUGGAUGUUCCAAAAGUUAUAUUGAAGGAAACUAUUUUCAAAUUAUUGGACAAUUUUGUAGAUUUGACCUUUGAAUUUGUGGAUCAACCUUUAUCCCCAUCUCAGAGUAAUUUUGCACCUGUUGAAGAAAUUGGAGAAGCUGUAAGAGUCACUAUAGUUCAAGGGAAAAUUCCAGAUGAUUUUCCAGAGGGUGUAUACAUAAGAAAUGGAUCAAAUCCUCUCUUUGGAGGAUUAAAAUCAACCAAGUCAAUAUUUGGAAAAUCAAGCCAUUUAUGGGUUGAAGGUGAAGGAAUGCUUCAUGCUUUGUACUUUACAAAAGAAAAAGGCAACAAAUGGAAUAUAUUAUACAAGAACAAAUAUGUAGAAACAGACACAUUCAACAUGGAAAAAAAUCUUAAAAAACCAGGAUUUAUUCCUAAUAUUGAAGGGGAUUCUCUUGCUGUUUUAGUGGCUUCCCUUUUAAAUGUGAUGAGAUUUGGUGUAUUGCACAAAUAUAUAAGCAAUACAAAUGUGUUUGAGCAUUCAAAGAAGUACUAUUCAAUUGCUGAAAAUCAUAUGCCUCAAGAGAUAAACAUACAAACACUUGAAACUUUGGGAAAUUGGACUGUUAAUGGGGCUUGGAGUCAACCAUUCACAGCCCAUCCAAAGAAAAUACCAGACACGGGUGAACUAGUUACAAUGGGAAUUAAUCCACUAAAGCCUUAUCUUCAGCUAGGAGUUAUUUCAACUGAUGGAAAACAAAUGGUUCACAAGGUGGAUGUCAAACUUAAUAGGUGUAUCAUUUGCCAUGAAAUUGGAGUUACAAAGAGGUACAAUGUGAUUUUGGAUUUUCCACUAACUAUUGACCUAAACAGACUUAUUAUUGGAGAGCAGUAA